ACUACUUACGUAUGGCUAUGGCUAUAGCCAUUACCCAUUAGCCUUAACAACGCGACGCGGCAACGACUCUAGCCGCCUAGCAGUAGCAGCUGCAGCUGCAGCUACCGUACGGUCAUCAUCAGGUGCAAUUAAGUGCAAGUGCAAAAGUGGAAUAGACGCGUUAGCGUGUGCGAUUGGUGGAAUACCUACGUAGGUCUAGGUAUAGGCACUUUAUUAUCGCAUCAAUUACCGUUGGGUGCUACUGUUCGCUGCGACUAGCGACCAGCGAGGCAGCGACUUUAUAUUGGGUAUGAAAUGCUAGAUGGACGAAUGGCUAAGCAGUUAUUCGGUUAUUCGUAGGUUGCUUGCUGUAACUUGUCAAGAACUGCACGUGAGUACAGAGUACAGUACAGUACAGUACAGGUAUCGUACGGCGAUCAACAUUGAACAUGCCAUUGCCACGAAUUACGAAGGGACUCGUAGAUAUAGAUAUCUGUACGUAUUUUGUGAGCAGUGUCAUGUCGGUGUACGCUAGGAAAUCGUAUGUAGUAAUGUGUGUAGUACCUAGUUAGGCAGAGAUGUUAUGUAUAUCGACUUGAAAUUGAAAAUAUGUUGCCCGCCUUUGCAUUGGAACCACUUAUACGGAUUCGUUGUCGUUCGUCGUUGUGAAAAUACAGGUACGAGUAUACCGAUUAUCUACUUAUGCAUAUUCCUCAUUGGCGGUAGGCCUAGCUACUAGCCAGUGCCGGCCAGACCUAGCCACAGUCGUCUUAUACGGUGUACGCGGUGUGUAUACUGUAUACCUAGGCAUGUGCAUUGUGCAAUGUGCACGUAGGCACAUGCAAGAACAGGUGCAGGACUGCAGCAGGUACACCAGUGUGCCGAGAGGACUUGUUAAUACGAUGGUGUGCGGUGUGCGGUGUGCGGUGUGCGGUGUGCGCUGUGCGCAAUCGGUACGAUUUACCUAAAAAUACCUAUACUAUACGUACGUGUACUUAGCCUGCAAUCACCCGGUCGGCGCGGCGCGGCGGUCACCCAUCUACUCACCCUCGUCACUAUCGGCCUGCCUAGUGCCUAGUGCCUACCUAUAUGUAAUAUACUAACGAGAGUACGGGUAUAUGUUACUAUCGUAUACAUACUUUAUACGGGCGCCGCGAACGCUUUUUCGAAUACCUACCGGUAGAUAGGUAUUAGGUAAGGUACUCGUACGUAGGUACGCAUCUCGCGCACUUUUCACGUCGUGUAAUGGUACGACGAGUAUUUACGACUGUACGUGUACGUGUACGGAGUACGGAGUACGAGUAUUAAAUCCAGUGAAGUGGCGAACUAACUGAAUUAGUGACAAUUUAAUUUUCCGUUUUCUUUAAUUAAGUUUAUCGAAUUGUUCGAAUCAGCUGUUGGCUAUCAUAAUUCUCGUUUCAUUUUCAAUGGAUUAGAUAUCCAGGUCGACUGGCCAUCGCUCGCCUCGCCUCGCGCCUACCAGCGGAUACCGGAUACCGGAUAGCGGAUAGCGGAUAGCAUACGCGUAGAUGGAAGAAAAGCGCGACACUGCGGCCUCGCAAGACGUCGCUUGUUAUUCGGCAUCUUCGAAUUUAUUGAAUAACACGGCCACGGCCACGAUCGAUGCCGGUGCCGGUGUCGGUGUCAACAUAUCGCCAGAAAACGAAACGUUCGUUUUCAACAUGUUCAGUCCAACUAUCCACAAUGAUCUAGUCGACAAUUUAUGCGACAUGAAUUUGGAAAAUGAAAAUGCAAAUUUCAUCGAUAGUUCAUUCGUACAAAAUGGCAAACGAAAACAACGUCGUUACAGAACUACGUUCACAAAUUUUCAACUCGAAGAAUUAGAGAAGGCAUUCCAAAAAACUCACUAUCCCGACGUAUUUUUUCGCGAAGAACUAGCUUUACGCAUAGACCUAACGGAGGCACGAGUGCAAGUUUGGUUUCAAAAUCGAAGAGCGAAAUGGAGAAAACAAUGUAAAAUGAAAAAAGACCGCGGCAAAACCGACGACGGCGACGAAGAUGACGACGACGACGAGGACGGCAACGACGACCAGCAUCAUCAUCACCAUCACCACCACCAUCAUCAUCAUCAGCAGCAGCAGCAGCAUCAUCAACAACAAGCUGUGGGUACAGCGACGGCGGCGGCGGCGGCGGCGGCGGCACAAAUCGUAGCCGCCGCCUCAAAAAUUCACCGGCUCGACGAGUCUCUGUCCACGUCCCCAUCGUCGACAACUUUCGCAGCGCCGACGACGUCGGCUGCCUCAGCCAACCCAAAUAUUCUUCACAAUACGAGCGCUUACGCGGCAGAGUCUUUGCAUACGUCUCAACCGCAUUCGCAGUCUCAACACAUCAAUCUGGAAAUGGAUUGGGUGAAUUUUAACUCGGCGCACCUGUUACCGGCAGUCAAUUGGGCGUUGUCUUAUCAGCACGUUCAAAAAGAAAACGUCGUCGACGUAGAUCCGGAUUUGUUACGAUUAAAAGGGACGCAGCCGCAGUCGCAGUCGCAGUCGCAUUUGCAACAUAAUGAAGCGAGAGAUGGCAGCGGUGGUGGCGGUGCUUCAUCGUCCACCGAAGAAGAUUUCACCUUCGAAAUAGAGUAAUUACCGCGCCGCGCCGCCCGCGUCUCGAGGGCUACUGCCUACGAGAGCUAAACGUCCAAAAUUCGACAAAAUGAGCGGCACGAUUUUUCUCCAUUUCCGAUAUUACGUCUUACGACUGACGAGGCACGAGCACCACGAGACCGCGACGCGACGUCUCAUUUGUCUCUUUGCCUGUACGCUAAUCGUCGAUUCCGAGUUUUCCAAAAUGUUUCCCUGGCUGUCGAAUACGCUUGUACGUAAUAGCAAUACGCAAUAGCCAAUGCCCAACUUUUACUUCGGUGCCGUUCGCGGUUCGAGCCUACCGCUAGGGGCUAGGCACGAAUAGGUUCAGGUAGGGUACCACCGCCCGCGCCCGUGAAAAGCCCGAUUCCGCUCCAGGUACCUGUUACGUCGUUACGUCAAGCUGCGAAUGAAAUUACCAAUGUCAGCUUUCCAAGUUGGGAAACGUUUCAACGUUCGUCCACAAACUUGUCGAUGCGACAGCAAAAACACGCUGAAACGAACAUGAUAUGCGAGUUUAUGCAUACAUAUUAUACUUAUUCACUCAUUGUCAUUCACUCACCCAUCUGUGCUGUGUAUUCGUUGUCGUUGGUGUAUUAUUCAAAUUGCCAAUUAAUUACCAUUGUAAUAAACGAGUAAACGCGUUA